GUAAUUCAAACUCAGUGUUAUUCGAGGAUUGUCGCAAUUUUCCACUGUGCUAUUCGCGACUUCUUGCAAUUCAAGUACCGUGCUAUUCAAGGGAUGCCUGUACACAUAUAUCUGAUUUCUCGCUAGAUUUCUCGAAUGAAGAUCAACCUGUUGUAUUAUUAUUCCUCUCGAUAAGAUAAAGACUCUGUUAUUAAUUAUUCUAGUCAGAUAAACAAAAAAUAUAUAUAUAUAUAUAUAUUAUUUUGUUUUUGCAUAAAGGUAGUGCUAAUCUAAAAGAAAGAUUGACAGAGAAAAAAAAAUGGUAAAAAUGUAAAGUGGUAUAAUAAGAAGGAGAUGAAAUAACCAUUGCCAUUCAGUUGAAUACCAGUAAGCUAGCAGUGAACUAUGAGUCAACAAGAAAUAGAUAAGUUUUCGUGGGAAGUGGAAAAUAAGAAAAUAAAAGAAAAGGAAAAUAAUGAAGUUGAAGAAUUCAAAUUGAUUAUUGACAAGUUAUACGAUAUAAAUCUUGACAGUAAAUAUGUCAAUCGAAAUUAUAAAGAAAUAAAAAAGAAAAUCGAAUAUAUUCUUGAGAAAAAUGUGAAUUCUACGUCAGAUAUUCACAAAAAAUUGUUUUAUUUCUUAUAUUUACCACCUGAUAAUGAUAAAGCAGUUUUGGAGAAACCAGAUUGGUUAGAUAUGGAAAAAUUUGAAAAAGGUCAACAGUUUGCUCGUGAUAACCUAGCUGCAAUAUUUUUAGGACAGUUUUAUGGUUUAAUGAGUUUGCAUUGCGAUCGUGAUGGCUUGCAGACUUUGAUAAUGACACAAAAAUCUCAUACACCUUAUUUAGCCUUCAAAAGGUAUUUAGACACGGCUGAAUGUCUUCGCAAUUGGUUCACGGGAAAUCCUUGGUGUGAAGAUACGAAAUCUCAUAAAGAUAUUCUAAAAGUGAGAAAGAUGCAUUUAAAUGUAAGAAGAAAACUCGAAGAAACCGACAAAAUGAAAAUAAGAGAAAUUUCUACUAUAAAUAACCCUUACUGUCCUUUUUUUCGACCUAUUGUGGAAGAUUUUUCUACGAAGAUGCCUAAAGAUCCGAUCACGGAUUAUUGGUACGAAAAAUAUAGACAAAGUGGUGAUUUACCUACAACCAAACGAAGAAGUAUUAAUCAAAUGGAUUUAAGUUAUACUCUUUUCGGUUUUAUGGGCUUUAUAGUACUUUAUCCCAGUUAUUUUGGAAUUCAUGAGAAUGUCGAUGAGAAUUUGGAAAAUUUUUGUUACCUUUGGAGAUGUCUCGCUUAUCUCUUGGGAGUUAACGACGAAAUUAAUAUGUGUUAUGGUAAUUUGGAAGAGAUAAGAAAGCGCUGUCAAGAUUAUAUCGAUGAAAUGGUCAAGCCUGCUUUACGACGAGUUAACCCAGAAUAUGAACAUAUGAUAAGAUGCAUCAUCCAAGGACAUCGUUACUUUUUAAUAACUCCGAGCUUUGAAACAAUGCUAUUGCUAUUUGCCGAUUUAUUGGAUCUUGAAAUGCCGACUUUUUACUCCUCCUUGACGUUUUAUCAAAGGAUCACAUUCUAUUUUACCAACAUCAGCACUAGUCAAGACAUCAUGUGGACUCCUUGGACAGUGGCAGUGGUUUAGGUUGGUUAAGACCCACAAGACCACAUGUCAAUAGUGCCAUUGAUGUCGCUGGCUUCCUAUCACAGGUUUGUAAUCCCAUUAAAAAUGAUUUAAUAUUAACUUAUCCUAUUCUAUUGACAAUAAAUCCGUAUUUAAACGAGCUUCAAACCAUUUACAGCUUUAAUCUAACCCAUUAGAUCAUUAAUGCUACUUACUGUUUCUCGAUAUACUUCUUCCACCCUUUCCCUGAGCCUUUCUCUUACCUCUCUCUUCUCCAUUUCCCGAAACAGUACUUUCCGAUCCACAGAAUCAAAUGCCGCUUUCAGAUCCACAAACGUCGCCACCAGCUUCCCCCUCUCUUUCCUGACCUGUCUCCCUACUAAAUAAUUUAACACAUAAAUAUUUUCCAUUGUCCCUAAUCCUUUUCUGAAACCUGUUUGCUACUGCGGCGCCAGCCCCUUCCUCUCCACCUCCUCCUCAAUCCUUUUCGCCAAGAUUGCUGUGUAAAUCUUAUAGAGCGAAGGCAUGAGCGUUAUCCCCCUAUAAUCUCCCACCUUUUCUCCCUCUCCUCUUUUCACUAUAAGAAUUAUCACUCCUUCCUUCCACUCUUCUGGCCAGUCUUCUACUCUCCACACCUUAUUGCAAGUCACUCUAGCCAUCUCUAACCCCGCUCUUCCUCCGAAUUUCCAAGCCUCAUUAGGGAUUGCGUCUAUCCCCAUUGCCUUUUCUUUCUUCAUCCUCCCUAUUACCCUUACUAUUUCUUCCACACUUAUCUCUUCCUCCCCGCCUUCUCUCCUUCCUCCACCUGUAUCCAUUCUGACUCUUUCAUCCACCCCUCCCAGUAGGCUCAUGAAAUGCUCUCUCUUAUCCUUUCUACCUAUUUCCUCAUUUACCCUCUUCCUCCUAACUCUCCCUCUGUUCACUAUUUCCCAAACUUUUUGCUCCGUUCUCGCCUCCUCUAUCUCUUUCAUCGCCGUAUCUCUCUCCUCCUCUUGUUUCUUUUCGCAUAACUGUUUGUAUUCGGUCUUUUUCCUUCUGUAUUCCUCUCUCGUUCUUCUCCCUAUCCUCCAUUCUUUUAAUAUCCUCCUCGUUUCACGUUUCUUCCCCUUGCACUCUUCGUCCCACCAUCCCUCUCUACUUGUUCUUCCCAGUCUUCCCCCUUACUCUUCAUUUCUUUCUAUCUCUCUUUUCAAUUUUUUCGUUGUCUCCCUCACUAUCUCCUACACCCCGGCCUUCUCUAUUUUCACUCCAUUUAUCCCCUUUUGAUAUUCUUUCUUCAUUUCCUCAGAUCACUUGCCGCGCUUCCCUCCUUUUCCUCUGAUCUUACUCGAUUUCCUAUCCCUCUUUCCUUUCUUCAUGGUCAUUAUCAAUGGAUGAUGGUCCGACUCUAUCUUAUCACCUACUACUACCCUCUCUAUACCACUUCUCGUAUUUACAUCCCCUAGCACGUAGUUAAUCACCGUGCUGGCUCUCCCUCCCGUUUACGUAUAUUUUCCCUCUUCGUCCCCCUCAAUGCUUCCAUUCAGAAUCUCCCAACCAACCUCUCCUAGCACGUUCGUUAACAUCUGUCCCUCUCUUUUUACCUUCUUGUCUUUCGACUUUCUUCCUCUCGCUUCCUCCUCCUCCUUUUCUCCUCCUCUCCCUCCUGUCUCUCCUGUCCUUGCAUUGAAAUCUCCUCCUAUAAUUACCCUCCUUUCCUGUUCCUAUUCCUGUUCCUGUUCUUCCAUCUACCCUCUUAUUUUCUCCAUUCACAUACACUGCAACCACCGUCCAGCUCUUUUCUCCUGCCUUCGCUUUCCUCAUCAUGAUUCCCUCUUCUGCAUCCUCUCCGUUUUCAUCCCCAUAUUCAGCCAUCUUCGUUCUCACCCCCAUAACCAUCCAUCCUAUCCCUCUCCCUUUCUCAUUUUUCCUCUUCGCUCCUUGUGCUGUCCAUAUAUAUCCCUUUUGGCAAUUUUCUUUUGAUUUUCUCUCAGUUCUUUCCAACUAUCCGUGCCUCAAUUAAAACUAUUACCUCCCACUUUUCUAUUUCCUUCCAAAAUUCUUUGUCCUUACUCACUAAAUCUGCAACGUUCCAGAACGCUAUUCUCCAGCUCCCCCCACAUAUCUCUCUCUUACCGCCUAGCUUUCUCAAUUUUCUCCCUAUUUCCGUUCACCACCUUUCCUUUCUCCCUCAUCUUUUUCACCUUCUCCUUCACCUUCCCUGUCCUCCCCCACCCGGCCGACUUUCAGCCUCUCUUUUUCCUCAUCCCACAUCCACGUCCUUCCAUUAAUUGUUAUCUUCCUGUACCCCAUUCUUAUUUUCUUUUAUCUUAUCUUAUCUUCUUUCCUUACCUCCCUGUUCCCCAAUUCCUUCAGCAUCCACUGCAUUUUCCUUUCUCUCCAUGUCCAGUCAUCCCCUACUAGUUCGUUCCUCCCUUUGAGCCUGCUUUUCUUCUCCAUAAUCUCCCUUUUUUCUUCUACGUUUUUUAACCUUACCUUUAACAUCGUCUCUUCCCUUUCUUUUCUCCUCCUUCCUAUCUCCUCCACCUCCUCUACCUUCACCCCUGGCCCUAUUCUUUCUCAACCUCUUUAUUACCACGUUUCUCCUCCUAUCCUCCCUCUCUUUCUUCUCCAUCUUCCUCUUCAUUUCCAUAACCUUCUUUCCUAUCCUC